UCCCCUUUGCUUUUGCGUCCCCCUUUCCCCCAUGACAGCAAUAGAGAAAAAUAGAGAGAGAAAAAAGAAAGUUUCGCAGGAAGGUCUAGGAAGAGAGGAGAGGAAGGGCUACGCUACCAUUCCCACUUCUCUCCCACCAUCCUCUCCAACAUAAUAUUUUCUUGACUACAUCUAUAUAGAUAUAGGACACAUAAUCAAAAAUACAAUAAGAUUUUAGUUUAUUUCUUAUUGAUUAGUAGUAGUUAUUUUAUUUGGAAAACAAAGCUCAAGCCUUGCAAAAAUGGACGCUACACGGCGGGUGGCAUGCAAUCGGGAGUUGUUCAACCCGGUCCUAACAAUGGGGAUGCAAGUUUCCCUGAUUUUGGUUCUCUCGCAUUUUUUUCAACUUUUGUUGAAGCCAUUUGGGCAACCUGGGCCCAUUGCUCAUAUUCUCGUAAUCUGGCUUCGUGCUAGGUCCCACAGGGUUGUCACGCAUACCCUACAUAAAAAAAGUAUUCUUCCAGGAUGUCGCCGGAGACUACUACGAAACCAUGGCAUUGUUUUCCCGGAUAAUCAUCAUGUUCCUCAUGGGCCUCGAAACCGACGUUCCUUACCUAGUCCGCAACCUCCGUCCAGCAACCGUCAUAGCCGGUGGGGGCUGCAUAAUGUGCACCAUCUUUGCAGCCGUCAUCACCCCCUUCAUUUACCACGAAACCGGAGCCCACGGCUCCAUGCCCAUCAUGGCAUUAAUGAUCGCAGUAAUUUUGUCCAAUUCCGCCUCUCCUAUCGUAAACUGCCUAGCAACCGAAUGGAAAUUCGCCACCACAGAUUUCGGGCGCUUAGCCAUCUCCUCUUCUUUAAUCAGCGACAUGUACGCCGUAGUUUUAUUAGUUUUCAGCAACAGAAACAAACACGGGUGGGGAUUCAUGACAUGGGUUCUCUACGGUUGCCUCGCCUUCACAAUGCUUGUUGCGGUCAUCGUCCUCAACAUGUACCUCGCCAACUGGCUAAACCGAAGGAACCGAAACCAAAAACACUUAAAAAACGCAGAAGCCUUCGGGAUUUUGUCAGUCAUUGUUGUGACCGCUAUGGCGAUUGAAAUGCUUGGGUUUAACAGUAUAAUUGCUUGUUUCUUGAUCGGUACAAUGUUUCCCAAGGGUGGGAAAACCGCGAGGACGUUGUUGGCGAAACUGAAUUAUUCUGUGCAUAAUUUCGUGUUCCCAAUUUAUUUGGGGUACAUGGGGUUCCAGGCGAAUAUUAGUGUGAUAAAUAGUCUGACCAACCUCAGCAUUGUCGUCAUCGUCAUUUUAUUGAGCCUCGGAGGGAAGAUCACUGGCACGCUUGUUGCUUGUUCUUAUUUGAAGAUUCCGCUGAAUGAGGGUGUUCUGUUCGCUUUUGUUAUGAAUGUGAAAGGGCAUGUUGAUCUUGUCACCUUGUCUAUUGGACUUCAAAGCAAAGUAGUUACAGGUCAACUUUUCUACAGCUUAAUGCUGGUAACAAUAAUACUCAACACACUGAUAGUGGGGCCAAUGAUAGCAUUCAUGGUGAGAAGAGAAGGUGACUCUCUCGGUUACAGGCAUGUAGCCCUAGAAUGGCAAGAUCCAGACAUUGAGCUCCGAUUACUCGCCUGCGUACACAACCCCCGCCACGUCUCCACCAUGGUUGGCCUCAUUGCCGCCCUCAAAGGCAACGAACAUGGCCCAAUCACCCCCUACUUAAUGCACCUAGUCGAGCUCCCCGAAAAGACCAAGAGUGAUCUCAUGUACCACCAGCGUGAAGACGACGAGCUCAGCGACGAAGAGAGCUACGGUGGAAACGAUGUCACCGAGAUCAAUGAGGCCGUUGACGCCUUCACUUCCGAGACCGGAGUGAUGGUUCACCAGGUGAAAGCGGUGUCCCCGUUUCUAAGCAUGUGCUCGGACGUGUGCGAUCGAGCGGAGGACGUGCGAGCCUCGAUCAUCCUCCUCCACUUCCACAAACACCGACGAAUAGACGGAAAAAUGGAGACAGGAAAGGAAGGAAUUAGGACGACGAACCAGAAGGUGCUUCGGCACGCAAAGUGCUCUGUGGCGAUUCUGGUGGACAGAGGGCUGACGGGGAAGACUGUGGCUUCGGGAUCGGAGAGUUUGCAGCACGUGUCGACGUUGUUUUUCGGGGGACCGGAUGAUCGGGAAGCACUGGGAUUUAGUAGGAGGCUGGUGAUGGAUCAUCAUAUAAACCUGACGAUAAUAAGGUUUUUGCCAGGGUCGGCCAAGGAUAGGAAUGUUGGGGUCAAUGUCGCGCAUAGGGAGGAGGAGGUUUUGAUGGCGAUAUCGGAUCAUGAGACGGAGAAUGAAGCCGACACUGCUGUCUUGACUGAGUUCUAUAACAGGUACGUGACAUCGGGUCAGGUGGGAUACGUAGAGAAGUAUGUGGAAACCGGGGCAGAAACAGCAGCGGCGCUAAGGGACAUGGCGGACAUGUACUCACUAUUCAUAGUCGGAAAAGGUGGGAGAGGGCAUUCCCCCUUAACCUCGGCGAUGAGUGACUGGGAAGAGUGUCCUGAGCUGGGCACAGUUGGAGAUCUCUUGGCAUCUACAGAUUUCGACCUGAGCGGUUCUGUUUUGGUGAUUCAACAACAUAGGAUCUCAAACGAUGAACAAUAGCAAUUCAUGGUAUAUAUACUCUUAUCGCCAAUCCCAUUCAGUUCAUCAUCUUUAACUGCACUUUCUUUUGAUGUGGCUGCAAAUUCUCUGAUUUGAGGCGAACGAUGUAAUGUCACACAAUUUUCAUGGCAUUUGCAGUAUAAGUGAAGAUUGUAUUGGUUGAGCUCUGGUCAUCGGAUGGUUAAAACAAUAUAAUGUUUUG